AUGGCGGAAGAGACAAAAACGGAUCUGAGCCGCCAAGGACUGACGAAUAUCUCCCAGCAUGCCUUCAUGGGCUUGCGAACCCUCCUGAGCUUAAACUUGUCUCACAAUGAGAUUGAAAACCUCGCAGACGGCACUUUCAGCGGCUUAUCCAGUCUACUUUCACUCGACGUGCGAAGUAACCGAGUUGCAGUGAUGGGCUCUCGCGUGUUUUCGAGCCUAGGGAAACUCGACCAUCUAUGGACCGACGAAUUCCGCUUCUGCUGCCUGGCGCGCGGCGUUGGGCACUGCCACCCUCCGCCCGACGAGUUCAGCUCCUGCGAAGACCUUAUGAGCAAUAUCAUGCUGCGAGUGAGCGUGUGGGUUCUCGGAACGCUCGCUCUCUCCGGGAACUUCAUUGUCAUCAUCUGGAGAAUCUACGAAAGCGACAAUAAGGUUCACUCGUUUCUAAUCACCAAUCUUGCGCUGGGCGAUCUCUGCAUGGGAUUCUACCUAAUCAUUAUAGCUGCUGUGGAUGUCAAUUAUCGCGGUGUUUACUUUAUAUAUGAUGCAAUCUGGAGGAGUUCCUCUCUGUGUCAGCUGGCGGGGUUCUUCUCCACCUUUUCCAGCGAGUUGUCGGUGUUCACGCUCACAGUCAUCACACUCGAGAGAUUUUCGGUCAUCCUUUUCCCCUUCCGGACCACGAGGCUGAACAUGCAAUGGACCAAGAUCAUUAUGGGCGUUGUGUGGGCGUCUGUGGGCGUCCUAGCAGCUCUUCCUCUGGCUGACAUUCAUUAUUUCAGGAAUUUUUACGGGCGGUCGGGUGUCUGCCUCGCUCUCCACAUCACCCACGAGAAGCCAAGUGGAUGGGAGUACGCGGUCUUCGUUUUCCUGGUCCUGAACUUCUUGUCGUUCUCCGUGAUCGCUGCCUCGUACUGGGGGAUGUACCGCGCCGCCCGCACCUCCAGCGCCGCCGUCAGGAACGACCACCAACGCCGGGAGUCGAACAUGGCCAAGAGGAUGACAGCUAUUGUAGUUACGGACGCGGCGUGCUGGUUGCCUAUCAUCCUUCUAGGGAUUGUGUCCCUCGCCGGCGUCAGGAUACCGCCGCAGGUUUUCGCCUGGGUCGCCGUCUUCGUCCUCCCGCUCAACGCCGCCGUCAACCCCCUCCUGUACACUCUCUCGACGGCGCCCUUCCUCGGCAAGGCGCGAGAGAGGGUCCUUAACGUCCGCCACUCCUUCAAGAGGUCUGUCGUGAGGCGCACGCUCUCCACCAGCACUGGAACUCGUAAUUAG